AUGAACACUCAAACCGAACUCGCCCAUCCUUUUGGGCACAGGGAUGCGAGAACCAAUCCGAGUAAUCAACCGCUUUUUUUUGAAUCUGCCUCAAGCAAGCCACCCCAACCCUACCGCCAAAAAGCCGUCCGUAUAGUGCAGGAGCGCUCACAUUUUAUUGCUUACUCUUUCACUUUCAUUUCUAAAUCCGGCUCGCUCCCGGCUACGGUUUGGACCUUUCGCCUGCUUAGAAGUGGAUUCGAACCACUGACACAAGGAUUUUCAGUCCUUUGCUCUAACCAGCUGAGCUACCUGAACCACUUUCCUAAAGUCUGUUUUCUUCAUCGAAUAGCGCCCUACCUUACCACUUGA